AUGGCUCCGCAGCAGCAGAAGCAGAGGAAGAUGGCUAUUGUGGGGAGUCGCUCUGUUGGCAAAUCCUCCCUCACCGUCCAAUACGUCGAUGGCCACUUCGUCGACUCCUACUACCCCACCAUCGAGAACACCUUCAGUAAAGUCAUCCGACACAGGAACCAAGACUUUGCCGUCGAGAUCAUUGAUACGGCGGGUCAGGAUGAAUAUACUAUCCUUAAUAGCAAGCACUUCAUUGGUAUCCAUGGCUACAUGAUUGUCUAUAGUGUGGGCAGCAAGCAGAGCUUUGAGAUGUGUCGGAUUAUCCGGGACAAGAUCCUGAAUCAUCUGGGCGCAGACACAGUACCAAUCAUGAUCGUCGCCAAUAAGUCUGACCUGCGACCCGAGCAACGACAAGUCACCGCAGCAGACGGCAAGAAGCUGGCCGAUGAGCUAGGCUGUGGGUUUGUGGAAGCCAGUGCACGAUAUAAUGAAAACGUCAACAAGGCUUUCGAGGGCAUGGUGGCCGAGAUUGAGAAGGGUCAAGAUGCUGGUCAGCCGAAGGAUGGCAACAGCAAGUGCACAAUGAUGUAG